AUGGAGCUCCAAGAGGUCGCCGUGCCGUACCUUUCGAUUGGCUCGCUUUUAGCGCCUGUCUCAUGGACGAUGGAUAUGCAGUCAAGCCACGUACCGUUCUCGGUUCCGAUGCGAUCACACACGGGGUCCUCUUUCCGUUAUUCAUCAUGCUGGAGCAGUAAUACCGUUCGUUUUGAGCGGUUCGAUGGAUCUGGCAACACAUUAUAUAUUACUGAGGUGUUUGCUUUCCAUCGCGACACGACAGGGAUAUCUUAUGAAUGCAAUCUAAAGGGUGAGCUCGGUGAGCUUGAUUCCAAGAGGACCCACAGGCCCCAAUAUGAAGAGUCCACAUGCACACAAAAUCUCCAAGCCUUACUACCUCGGCGCUCGAGUGGCACACCUUUGAAGAUUUGGGCUGUCAAGGUAACAGAAGGGGAUAUGUCAGGGAUUCCUGAAUCGCAAGCGAAAGCAACUUUUUCACCUCGAUUCAUAUCUAAAGUGGCGUGGCUACGUUCACAAAACUACGAAGUAUUCCUACACAUCUCGUUGGAUGCAUUUGACAGGCUUCCCGAGUCUACUACGUGUGCCAUUGAAAGAAUAUUCCAAGAUGCAAUUUGUAAAUAUCGAAAGCCACAUAUAAAAGUCCCUUAUGCGCUUUUGCCCGCAUUUUCGACCUUAGAUUCCACGGCCCUUUGCGGGAAAGUUAGUAUUCAUAAUAACAGUGGUGUCCCCAUGCUUUGUUCUGACGAUCCGCUGGUUGCUGAUGAAAGGCUUAGUUGUUUUUUUUGCGCUAGUGCAAUCUUCACAAGCCUUGGUAAGGCAUUACUAGUCCUGCGCCAGCGCGGAGGAUGUGAAGGCCACGGCGUAUGGCAGCCCAUAGUAUGGAAUGUUAGAAACCCGCGGCAUCCAUAUGGUUCUGGCGAUGCUUAUCCACGAUUCCAUACAUUACCAAAUGUGUACGCGAGCGAGACCAAUGAUGGAUGCCAGGAUACGAAGACGUCUCAAAAGAGGCGACCAGUAUCGUAUGACCUAGUGGUUAAUAGGACCGAUCUGGAUAAUGGAAGUGACUCGAUGCACGUAGUAGCACUACUGCAGCGUGUUGUUUCUCACACAUUGAGGCUUAACACCACUGAGAAUCUUUACAUGGGGAUGCCCCGCGAAUCCGAAGGAUUGGCGGCGGGCGCGGGGUGUGAUAGCGAUGUUGAUUCCCACACGGCAGUGUCAUCUGGAGGGGUCAUGAGUUUGCGUGCAGUUUGCCUGGCCUCACUCCCUCUCACUACGGAUGUGGCGUCUAUUUACAAUUACCGUUCGGUCGAAUAUGCUUUCGAGAGACACGUAGGGAGGACGAUGCACGAUCAGCGUGGUGCCGAUAAACAUAAAGGGGAUUCACAUGCAAGGGAUUACUUGGACGAUAUGGAGCUUAUAAAGAUACACUCAUUCGAACGAUUUGUGCCAUCGCAUGAUUUCCUUCACGUUGUUCAAGAAAGGUUGAGGGAGGAGACUGCAUGGGAUACUGCAAAUAGGGUGUACACCUCCAUGGAUUUCAAAGCUGUGUCUCCUUCGCACGUGCCGCCGCGUCGUACGUUGUAUGGGCUACGUAGGAGGUCUGUGCCGCACCAGGAGAAGAAUUACCAGUUGCAUGAUAGGAAACUUCUGCUUUCACAGGGGGGGGGACGACCUGAGGACACAAGUCAAAAACAAAUGGAAAAUUUUUUGUUUGUGGUAGAGCUCAUUGCCCCACGUGUGGACAGCACGCACGCUAUCGUUCUGGUGGCGGCUGUCGAGACGGGGACCGUUAUUGAACCUGACGAAGCGAGGGAGGGGACGGCCAUCGCGUCUGUUGGCCAGCUGUUUCAUCGGACCGUUCUUAAUCGCUACAAGGAAGCUGCCGCGCUGCUCUCGAUGACAUUUUUUCUGGAAUUUCCGCAUCCCACGCUGUGGAAGUUGUCCUGUGCUACUGGUGACAUGAGUGGAUUCUUUUUCCGUCAAGGACAUCUACUCCUCCGUAUUCCAUCAGGAGAUCCGCGCUACUAUGACACCACUGUGAGGCCUAACGCUGCAAAGUGCUUUACGUCUCUUGGUUCAUUUCUCGUCCAAACCUCUUUCACGCCAUCGUGUCAGAAAGGCCAGGAUAGUUGUCAUGGCGAAGCCCAACAGAACUGCUUAUGUGCGCCUUUAGCUUCCCUCGAAGAAGGGAGCGCAGUCGCCAUAUCGGUAGACCAUUCUGUUGGAGUGGGGAGUACUGCCGCCUGUACAAUUUCCCAACCUAGUGUUUACAGUUCGAGUGUAUUUAAGAGUAUCUCUGCGGUAUGGACGCUACUCUCGGAUGGACGCAGUAGUGAUGAAUUUAUAGAUUUUUAUAUCUCAGAAUUUUACUACCUCACCGGUGUGAUGAAUAUCAACAACGUGGACAGGCGCACUUCUGCGGUAGAGCAUGGCGAAACAGUGCUGACUGUUCGUAAAAGGCUCACUCGAAGUCAGGCAUCUUCAUCAGGCUUGUCGAGACGUGGUGAGGGGAAGGAAGCCAUUGCGUGGUUGGAUAUGGGGCUACAUCACCGGCUUUACGUGUGCGCACGUGAGUGUGGGGUUGGAAGAGUGCUCCUUAUCCAGGCAUCAAUUAUAUUGAGGGAGGAUCUUCAGCAUAAGUGUGUUGGGGAUGAUAUGUCAGAGCAAAGGAUGAGUGAAUGCGAGGAGGCCAGUCUGGAGGCAUGGGUAGACAGUAUUGCAGUAGGAUCUAUUGGCACAUGA